AAAGAUGAUCAAAGGCUGAAUCCAAAUAAGGAAACUAUUACAACAAAUCUAUCAACAAGACAUAUUAAAAUCUUCCACACGAAUAAAUAUAUUUACACAGCCUGAUUAUUGCAUCUUAUAAAACUGUUUGCACUCUAUUCCAUUGCAUAGAAUACUAUAUACAAAAGCCAUUAGACAUAUAAGAACGGCUUGGCAAGGAAAGAAAGGCUGAAGGUUAAGGCAUUCGACUAAAUACCUCUAGACUUCCUUUCAUUUUCAUCUUGUGUAUUUAAUCCGACAUCUCUUGGGUUUUUGGUGCAGACAAGCAUCGCUGCUCUGUCAUAAGAGUACAUACCAUUACCCAUAUGCGGUUACGUGCAUACUCGGGUCUUGCAUGAAAAACAUGGCGUCACCUGCUCAAGGCCUUGCCGUAUAUAAGAAAAAGGAUGGGACCUUAAGUAUAUCCGAAGACGGAAAGUCGAUUCAGUGGCUACCUCUGAAGGCCGAUGGAGGAGUUGUCGUCAAUAUUGCUGUAGCGGACAUUACCAGUGGGUUCACUAGGAUUUCGAAUUUCUUUGACAUUGUUUAUUGACAUCGUUCAGAUCUGCAGCAGACUCCAGAAACCGCUGCAAAGGUAAUGCUGAAAAUAUUUGAGAAGUCAGCAAAUGCCCCGGAAUCAAUGACUCAUCUUUUCCAUUUCAACUCCCCUGCAAAUCCACGUGGGGAAGCGAAUGCCAUCAAAGAUGCCCUGACAAAUUUGAUCAGCGCAUUGAAGGCCGCUGAUGCAAAUGUGCCCAAAGCCAAUGGUUCAGGGCCUGCUUCGGAGUCUGCUUCGUCAGCUAUGGCAAUGGCCAGCGCUGUAAUGUCGAAGUCUAACUAUGGAAAUGCUAGAUUUUAUGAUGAUGCUCAUCUGAAAACGGACAUUGAGCUGCAACAAUCUCUCAUGAAGAAGGAUCCAGCAUUGCAGCGAACUUAUAUGGAAUCAAGGCGGACCAAACCUGACACGAUAUCAGACUCCCAAUUCAAUUCUCAGUUCUGGUCUGCGCGAACGAAUCUGCUGCGAGCUCAUGCUGUUGAAUCGAGCCAAAAGAGGGGUGCUUACAAUGUCCUUUCUACCGUGAAACCACGCCAAGUCGAUGGGGAGUUGAAGAUGAAUAUCAGUGCGGAGCAAGUACAACUAAUUUUCAGCCAACAUCCACUGGUUAAGAAAAUCUACGAUGAGAACGUUCCUAAACUCAAUGAGAUGGACUUCUGGUCAAGAUUUUUCCUUAGUCGCCUAUUCAAAAAACUCAAGGGAGAGCGCAUAAAUGAACAAGACAGUCUUGACCCAACUUUUGAUAGGUACUUAAAUGCCAAUACCGAUGAUGGACUCGACCAACGGCUGCUUUCAACUCAUAUUCCUCAUAUUAUCGAUCUUGGGGGCAAUGAACAGAAUCAAGGGGGUAUCAAGGCAGGCAAUCGAAAAGACUUCACCAUGCGUCCUGAAGCGACAGGCAAAGUACCAAUCGUCCGAACCCUGAAUAGCUUGAGCGAGAAAAUCAUGGCCCAUGUUGCUCCAUCUGACAUAGACCCUGCAGACCCUAUUGGCAUGGAUGAAGAAACUUUCAAUUCUUUAGCAUUGAGGGAUCUCCAAGGCGAUGCAGAAGAGAAUCGGAUUAUGCUCAAUAUCAAAGAACAGAGCCAAUUCCUUUCGAGUGAAAAGUCUGCUAUAUCCGAAGAAGCCGCGCUUUAUGCAAAGCAAAUACCCUCCGAUGUCUUGCUCGGUCUACAAUCUGAUCUCGAUCCCACAUUGAUGAAUACUGACUCUGCUGGUGGCUUAGACCUGCGAACAGCUAUUGGGGUAAAUGAAGAAAGCGAUAGUGAGGAGGAGGAAGAACAAAAGACUCCCCACGUCGGAAGUAAAAGUAGUCUUAUCGAUGCCCAAAAACAAAUCUUUGAAGGAAUUGCAGCACGGCGCACGGAGAUGGAUGGGUCUAACACUACAUCUGCGCUAGCAGGUCUAUCGCAGAAGCUUUUUGAUAGAUUGACGCUGACACAUGCUACAACUGUUGAGUUUCUUCAUCAUUUUUGGCUUAUCUUUCUCUCGGGAGAUCCUGAUCGAGCAGGUGAGCUUGCAAAAAUGGUCGAAACACUUGACAGAGCCAUGGAUCGGAUCAAUGCCGUCGCAGCUGAUGCUGAGCAUGAAAGAGUUGAGAUUAUCGAGAGGCAGAAGGCGCAUUUGAGAGAUGUAUGGGAAAAGACCGGAAAGAAAAUCAAAUGGAAUCCUGAAUCAGUCGGCGGAGGCUCAAAAGUAGUCGGAGAAAUGAUGCAGUCUACCAUCAAAACUUUAGAGAAGGCAUCAAGGGAGUAUCGAAAGGCCCUGGCGGCCGAAGGGGCUGACGCAUCUUAAAAGAGUUCUUAUGUAGAGAGGCACAUCAUAGCGACGGAGUUUAAUAGGGAACGAAUGGCACAGGCAUGCGGAGGUUGGAAGUUCUUUCCACAAUAAGAUAAAGCAUUUUGUAAAGUUUAAUUUUCUAUACAUAAACACCCAGUAGGCUCUUACUUCAUUUCUUCCUUGUCAUGAUUUUAC